AUGGGAAGUUCUAGGGUUAUUGGUGCUACAUUCUUGGUUUUGCUCCUUGUGGAUUUAGCUUUCGCAGCUAGGUCACUUAGUGGUGGUGGAGGAGGAAGUGGUGGAGGUGGAGGUGGCGGAGGGGGUGGUGCCAUAGGUUCUGGAUAUGGUUCAAGGUAUGGUUCCGGGAGUGGCUCCGGAUAUGGUUCGGGAGCUGGUGGUCUUGGAGAAGGUGGAGGUGGAGGUGGAGGUGGAGGUGGAGGUGGGGGAGGGGGUGAAGGAGGUGGUGGUGGUGGGGGUGAAGGAUCAGGGUAUGGGUCAGGAUCCGGAUCGGGGUAUGGGUCUGGGUAUGGGUCAGGAUCUAGAUCAGGGUAUGGGUCUGGGUAUAAGUCAGGAUCGGAAUCGGGGUAUGGGUCUGGUGGUGGCAUAAGAAGUGGUGGAGGAGGUGGCGGUGGUAGCGGAGGUGGUGGCGGCGGAGGUGGUGGCAGUGGAGAAGGGUCUGGAUCUGGAUAUGAAAGUGGGUCUGGAUCCGGAUACGAAAGUGGAGUUGGUGGUGGCAACGGUGGAGGAGGAGGUGGUGGCAGUGGCAGUGGUGGAGGUGGUGGCGGUCAGGAGGUGGGAUAUGGGUGCGGAUCCGGAUCUAAGUGGGUCUAG